AAUGAGCACCCCAUAGGACUGGUGGCAACCUUUUUGUCCACGACAAAGACUUGGCUGAAAGGAGACUCCAAAACCAAGGUCCAGAAGACCCUUCCAAGAGUUCUUGAGGCAGCAAGAGCAGCUGCCUUCCAGGGAAGGAAAAUGCUUACGCGCUCUCAGGUCGCAAAGGAUAAGAAGAAUGAACCUGUGAGAAAAUCAGCCCGCAUUAUGGAGAAGCAGAAGCUGCUGGCCAUGAAGCAGGAGGUCAAAGAAGAGCAUCAAGUGAGAGUCCAGGCCAUGAAGAAGGGAAGAGUCCAGAAGACUAGCCAGGAGGGAGAAGACAUGGGCAGCACUCCCACUAGCCAUGGCCAGGCCCAGGCCAGCACCAGUGGCCAGACCGGCCCCCGUGGCAAAGUCGGUCGCCCAGCCAAGACCGGCCCCCAUGCCAAAGUCGGUCGCCCAGCCAAGAAUGGUCCCCGUGCCAAAGUCGGUCGCCCAGCCAAGACUGGCCCCUGUGCCAAAGUUGGUCGUCCGGCCAAGACUGGUCCCCGUGCCAAAGUUGGUCGUCCGGCCAAGACUGGUCCCCGUGCCAAAGUUGGUCGUCCGGCCAAGACUGGUCCCCGUGCCAAAGUUGGUCGUCCGGCCAAGACUGGUCCCCGUGCCAAAGUUGGUCGUCCGGCCAAGACUGGUCCCCGUGCCAAAGUUGGUCGUCCGGCCAAGACUGGUCCCCGUGCCAAAGUUGGUCGUCCGGCCAAGACCGGUCCCCGUGCUAAAGUUGGUCGCCCAGCCAAGACUGGCCCCUGUGCCAAGACUGGCCCUGACACCAUGACUGGUGCAUUCACCCAGGGUGGCUCCAGCAGCUUCACUGACCCAAGCUUCAUGGAACCAAGCUGUACCUCAGGCUACACCGACCCCAUAGAUCAUAUCCAACCAGGUACAAGUCUAGUACAUGUGAAGCUUCCCCGAGGCAAAAAAGGAAUAAGGAAAUACGACCACAGGGGCAGGCUGAAUCUGAAUGCAGAAGACCUCUGUGACUGCCUGGAGCGUGAGUGCAUGGGCUGCUUCUACCCAUGCCCCAAGUGCAAGUCUACCAAGUGUGGGCCCACUUGCCGACGAAACCGGAAAUGGAUCUACGAGGCCAUUGCCAAUGAGGAAGGAGAAGUGGUCAGCACUUUCCCAUUUCCCCAUGCUAAGUUUUAAGAGGAGUCGGGGUUCUCCGGCGACUCCCCUGUGUGUCUCUGUUCUACACACCUUCUGCAGCAGAAAACUGAAGAUGGUGAUGAAGUUCCAGAACAGAAGAAAAUAUGUUGUUCCAGUUAUAGCAGAUAAAAAAAGAAUAAAAAAAUGUUUGUGAAGUGCA